GAGGCGGUGAAACCAACCCAGGACGGCACACUGGGUCGCUGGUCGAGGCAACAAACUCUGUCCAGCACAGUCUGGGUGACAGGACAGCGACUGUUCACCAGCUGGCACAGUUGGUUAAUGGCUCACUAUGAAAAACAAGCUGACAGUAUAGCGUUAGUUUGUUGACGGUAGGCUCAUUAUAGGAAAGAGUUUUUGGUGUUUUUUUUGGGGUUGUGUUGGCUCGGGCUAACUUUAACUUAGCACGCCAGCUAGCUCAGAACUUAAUAACCUGUUUUGAUGUUACAUUUUGCAGAAGAAGUUAAGAGUUGUUGGGAAAGUGUUUUUGUUUUAAAAAUGCAGUUUGUUUCGACAGCACAUGCGGAGGAGCAGUUUUGACUUUUGAGCUGUCAACAAAGCUCGCUGACGUUAGCUGUCCUGGCUAGCCCUGCAGCUAGCUCCCCUGCUAACAUGGCCAAAACAGAAAACGGCCGUCAAUCAGUGGACACAAGAAGUAUCCGGACCAUCAGCAGCAGCCACAUUGACGACGAAAGCUCUUUGGGCUCAGACUCGGAGAUCAAUGGCUUCACCAGCGACAGACAAACCGAUAGAUAUGGAUUCAUCGGCGGGGCUCAGCAGUACACGGAGGCGUCAGCUAAGGAUGUGCCUCCAGAGGUGCUCAGGCAAAGGGAGGUGAAGUGGCUGGACAUGCUCAGCCACUGGGACAAGUGGAUGAUCAAGAGAUUCAAUAAGGUGAGGCUGCGGUGCCAGAAAGGAAUCCCUCCUUCUCUCCGAGGCCGUGCAUGGCUCUAUCUGUCAGGGGGGAAGAUGAAGAAAGAGCAGAACCAAGGGAAGUUUCAGGAGCUGGACAGCGAAGCCGGGGACCCCAAAUGGCUGGAUGUGAUUGAGAAAGACCUCCAUCGACAGUUUCCUUUCCAUGAGAUGUUUGUGUCACGGGGAGGCCACGGGCAGCAGGACCUGUUCCGUGUUCUUAAGGCCUACACACUGUACCGACCAGAGGAGGGAUACUGCCAGGCUCAGGCUCCCAUUGCCGCUGUGUUGCUUAUGCACAUGCCUGCUGAGGAUGCCUUCUGGGGGCUGGUCCAAAUUUGUGAGAAGUAUCUUCCUGGUUACUACAGUCCCGGCCUGGAAGCUAUACAGUUAGAUGGAGAGAUCCUGUUCGCUCUGCUGCGACGUGUCUCCCCCCUAGCCUUCCGCCAUCUGGAGAAACACAAGAUCGACCCCAUCCUCUACAUGACUGAAUGGUUUAUGUGUGCCUUCUCCAGGACGUUGCCUUGGGCCUCUGUGCUGCGUGUCUGGGACAUGUUCCUCUGUGACGGAGUGAAGAUAAUCUUCCGGGUGGGUUUGGUGCUGCUGAAGUGCAUGCUGGGGACCCGGGAAAAGCUGAAGGCCUGCCAGGGCCAGUAUGAAACCAUGGAGCUCCUCAGGGCCAUAGAGCCUCGAUACAUGCAGGAGGGCUUCCUCGUCCGAGAGAUUCUGGAGGUGCCAGUUACGGCUCGAGACGUGGAAAGAGAGAAUCACACCCAGCUGAAGCGUUGGAAGAAGAACCGUGGAGAGCUGAAUUUCAAAUCACCCCCGAGGAUGCACGGCGCCCGGCUCAUCAUGUUGGCCGAGCCUCCGAGGCGCCAGGACCUUCUGCAGAACCCCACCAUUCUACUUGAGAUGCCUCAGCACAACACAAAGUUGAAGAAGGGGAAGGAGGAAAAGAACAGCAAGAAGAAGAGCAUGAAGAAAUCCAAGCCCAUUGAGGAGAUCCCUAAUCCUUACUCUCUUCCCCACGACCCUCCACCUCCACCCUCAGAUCCACCAGCGCCACCUCCAGUCAGCAGCAAGACGCCGGAGACUGUGCCACAGACCGCGCCACAGACUGAAACUAACUCACCUCACCAGCAGCCAGCGCCACCUACAGACGUUCCCCCUGCCAAAGAAUCUCCUCUUCAGCGAUCCACACAAAGCCUUAGCAGCACAGACCAGGAUACAUACCUGUAGCUCUACAGCAGUCAGUAUGUAUGUGUGUGUGUAUGUGUGUGUGUGUGUGUGUGGACGAAGCACCAGCACCCUUCAGCCAAUGACCAGCCAGCCUUGCCAAGGUCACUAUUAUUCUAUUGGACUGUUUUGUACUCAUUUAUUCAUUUUAGACACCAUUUUGCCUACAAUAUUAUUGGUAUACACUAAAGCAUUGUUGCUAAGUGUAAAACUACUUUGCUUAUGCUAUUUCGCCACGUGAAGCUGAUGUUACCUCCUCUGGAAGCUUGACGCUCUCAUUCAGACUAUAAGUCUUAGUAUUCUAGGGAGACACGUUACUGAGUUAUUGGGAGCAGAGUCAUUUCUUCAGAGCAGUGUGCUUUUGAGGUUUAAAUGGGACUAAAGGAACAAUGAGGUGCCACAGCGUAUGCAGUUUUUCUAUACAUUUCCACUCAAAUUCAACACUAUUGAGAGCAUUAGUAAUACUGUGCAGCAGUGGGUGUAAGAUACAAACUCCCUGCCUUUCAACUUCUUGAGCCAUUAUGUUUCAUGAGUGGUGUUGUCCACUAGAGGGCAGCAUCGCAGUGGUUUCAGCUGUAAUUCCUGUUACAUUCCCCGUUAGUAAAGCAGGGUGGGGGGAUUCCUUUAAGGAUUCACUAAGUUUGGGAGGUGUUAUUCUGACCUUGAGCUUUGAACUUUCAUGCUUUAUAGUCUUCAUCAUCUUCCUGAAUUGGUGAAAUUGAGUCACACCACAUUAUGUUCACGCAAGUCUUUUUCUACGAAGCGCUAUUUAUUUAAACAACAGAUUAAAGAAGAUCUUUGUGCGUGCCCUUUCAGUGCACAAAUGGUCACAUUUUUUCAGCAUCAGUUGAAUUGAUGUGGUUUAACUCUGUAUAAGCUCCAAUACUCACUGUGCCAGGCACUUCCAGCCACUUUAGAGCAGCGGUAAUUCAUGUAACUUUGGCAGAGGAGAGGGGAACACUGGACAUUCCUCACUGUAUGACACAUUCCUGCCUUGUUAAAAGCUAAUCAGUCUAAGAGCUGUCUCUUGCCUAAUGCAAAUCUGUAUAAUGUAUGUAUUUGUGCAUGUGUUUCCUGUAACACCUUGGACAGUGAGUGAUUGCAAAUCACCUAAUGGUGCUGAACUUCCUCUUGGCGUUGCUUAAACACCCAGUCGGAGCCAAGAAGAUCUCGUUAGUGUGUUGGGUCUAUUUUCUUUUUAAUAUUUUGCUAGAAUUUCCAAAGCAGAUCAAAACUGUGUUGUUUUGAGAUGACCUGCGGGGACUACCUGUGACCACACUUACUCCCUAAAUACAGUCAAGAGGGAUCAUGUGACUUCAAGAUUUAUUUUGGGAUAUUUUUAAUAUUUCUCUUUCGAAACGUUGGCUAAUAUCUCUGGGAAAUGUGGACACGUGCACAGGUUGUGAGGCUGUGAGGUUUUUUUCAGAACGUUUUGGACAAUCUUUUAUGUGGCGGUCCAAGUCUGUUUUCUAACUUUCUUAUAAAAGGUAAAGGGAGUUUUGACAAGCAUACGCACACAUGUGUAUAAUGUGUUUUGUGCAUAUAAUUAAUAUAAAAAAAAGUCUUUGCUAAAAAAAAUUAAAUAAAUGCAUGUUUGGUCAGUUAUAAAAAGCAAUGGGGUUUAAAAGGAUAACACAUUUUCAAGCAGUCACUCGCCUGUAUGCAAUAGUUUUUUUUAGUUGCCUAUAUUACACACCUCACAUUUCGCUGUUAUAUUUUAAUUUAAUGCUCAUUGUGUAGAUAUGACAUGUAAAAUAACAAUUUGUUUUGUAAUGAAAUCUAUUUUUCAAUCUAUAAUGGUAUAUUUUAUUGAGCAGUUACAGGAACUGCCGAGGGGGACACCUCUAAAUCAUUUGACGUGUAGAGCAGUAUAUCUUACAUCAACAUUUGUAACACUAGAAAGAAAAAGAAAAAGUGAAUCUGAAAUUUGGGGGUAACUUUCGCAAAUGUUUUUCUUACUCUAAAGACAGAUUGCUAUUUUAACAUUCACAUUAGGGUUACAGAAGAGAUGUUUGACAACCGUGGGACAGUAUGCAUCAUGCGUUUAAAUUUGCGAAUAAAUCUUUGUUUAAAGCCAA